AUGAGAUACAAUGAGAACGUCAUAAUUGCGCUCGAUAUUUUUGAAAAGUCUACCCUUUGGAGGUCCGUCUCCAAGCUUCUUAAGAUAGAGGAGCAUGACUCGUCGAGGGAAUCGUUCCUGCAGGUUUCCAAAUUAAUAUCCUCUGGCGAGUAUCGAAAACCGCUCUCUCUUUUGCUGAUGCAAUUGGGAUAUCAUGAGGCGGAAUCUAGCUCCCUGAUUUCGAGGAAGCUCCUUGCCAGCAUAAUCCUUCUCCUGUUUUACGAGCAGCCCCCAGAGAGUCCAUCCUCAAAUCAUGAAAUUCUGCUUGCGCAAUUGAAAACCAUUUCUCGACGACUUUGGAGCCUGCUCGAGUUGGCAUUGAAUUCUGUCAGCUCUGUUGCCACAACAACAAUCUUGCAACGGGAUAGUAAGCAGGAUACAUACGGCCGCAAGGAUACCCACAUUCACAAAAGUCCUCAAACAAAUGAGCCCGAAAUUCCAGAAUCUGAAACCCUUAUCCCGCUUCACAGCGUAAAAAUCAAUGCCACACUAUUGGAAAGUCUGAGGCUGGAAAUAGAUGCGUAUCUUCUGCUCUUUGAUAAGUGGAAGGCUUCGGAUCUGCACGCCCUGCAAUACUCGAUCUCAGAGGAAAUCACUUCUGUUGAAAAACUGGGCCAAUCUGAAAACUUGGGCCCUGAAUGGCAGGGUCCACUGCAAUCGUAUUCUUCCAUUCUUGAGUGUGCAACGAACAAACUCUCCUUGUAUUCCGAUCGCGCUGAUGUUCCUGCUGCCAAAAAAUUCGAGCCCAUCAUGACGGGAAAGGAUUUGUCCAUCUCUAUUCAGCUCAAAAGCAAUCCCGUUUUGGCGAGAGCAUCUGUUUUGUACGAAAUCAUUGUUCAAGGUCCGCAACAGUUUAUUGCAUGCAGAGAAGACAUUAGCCGCAAAGCACCGUCUAUUUUUAGCCCCGGAGGUGAAAAUUCGGAGCAGCUUAUUCAUUUUCGCUCUUUCCAUGCUAGCGUCGUAAAAAGAAUUAAGCGGGCACUGAUUGAAAUUGUCACCAUUGGCGAGGCUUCGUUCAAGUGUAUGCGUCUCAGGGAAAGGACAAGUAAAGGCUCCAUUGAAUUUCUAGAGGCAAAAGAUGAUGGAGAAAGCUUAGCUGGCGUUAUUGAAAAGGAUUUUUUGUCCGUCUGUGCGGGAGGCAGCAUUUCAUUGAAAGAUCUAAUCCACACCCUGCGACGAACACUCUUUUGGCUCUCGACCCUCGUUUCGGCCUCCAAGAAAGACCUCUCAAUGGUGACGGCCAAGAAAACAUCCACCACCUCUUCUCUGAUACUCGGCGAGGAAAUUCGACUCCUUUCAUCCUCGAUGGAUGCCUUUUAUGCCCGCCAAAGUACGCCUAACCCAGAUGAAGCGAUGAUUGCAGAGCGUAAGGCCUUCCUGAUUGCAUUCUACAAGUCUUUGGAGGGCAUUUUCCAUCGCACCCAUUUUCUGGCCUUGGAGCACGCGGUUUCUUCCCUGAUUCUUCCUUUUAUUUCAGAAAAAUCUCAUUUACAGGACUAUUUCACGAGUGCUUUUGCAUCUGCAAUUUCUACCUUUACCAGCACCGAGGACGAGCAGUGUUUGGGGAACAAUUUUUCUUCAAGCGUCGAACUUGCUGUCGAUAAAAAAUUGGCGACCAGCGGUGCUAAUUCCCGCCCGAAAAAUGUCGAAAAUCGGUCAAAUCCCGAUCAUUGCCCAUGCUGCUUGCAUGUCGCCAACUUGUCCUCAAAUUCAGAUAAUUUUUCCCAGGAAGAGGGGGCUUUUGCGGACACCCUUGCUAUUGGCAGUCUUCUGCACAAAGCUCUUGCCAUGGAGGAUCUCCAACUGGAAACCGAAUUGCCCACUGUGCUGUGGUUCGAUUUCUUGUGGAUACAGGACCUUUCGCGGUCAAUCACACUGUGGUCUUAUGUGAUGUCUUCUUUUCUGCUUCUCAAAGAGUCGCUUGGAACUGUAGGGCAAGAUUUGCUAGUAACCUCGUUCCCCGGUAUCAUAGAAAAUAUCGAGAGUUUCAAAAGCACCGCGAACUAUUUUCCGAUGGAACGGAUUUGGAGAGAAGCCCUUCAAAUGGAAGAUGCCGAGUUUGGAAUCCUCAGCAGCCUCAAUAAGCAGCAUCCUCUCGUCCUUCUAUUUUCAAAGCGGAUCACGCGAGCCAUUGUUGAAUGCGGAACCUCGCUUUUCGAAUCCCUGUGGGUAGCAUCUGAUUGCAUCCACAGCAGUGCCUCCAUUCCAAGGGUCAUGCAGACAGGCAGGUUUCUGGCUUCUACCUCGUCCAAAAACAACCAACAUUUUGAGUGGUGGACCAAUUGGUGUACAUUUUUGGCGGCCGUGCAGGGGUACGAUUUUUGCAAAUCUUCGCCCACGGCCCUGCCCAUACAUUCCUCGCUCGCCACUGGAGUUUCGGGAAAAUUCUUGUGUGAACGUGUUAUUUAUCCUGCAGCGCAACAGGCAGCAAAGCGCAUAUGCUUACACCAUAUCUUGUGCCACAAAUAA